AUCAUGCACGAGAUGAUACCGAUGAUGCAUGAACUUCGUGCCGAAACCUAUUUCGGUAUGAUUCGGUUGCUGAAACCGGGUUGUCGUUCGAUUGUGGUGCUCGUUGACGAGCAAUCCAAAGACAUUCUCAUACCGCAAUUCGCCAGAUGUAUUUGGCCGUUUAGAAACAAUAAAACAUUUUCGUUUGGUUAUUUGAUGGUGGAGAAGAAUCUGCAGUGGUUUAGAAAGCUGUUGGAGUAUACGAUACCGAUGGAGAGUGCGGAUGAGGAACGAGCCACGACUUGGAAGUUAACUUCAGGAACCGGCAGCGGCUCUUCGUCAUCGAUGUACGAACGAUUGAAGAGUAUCAAUCCACGUAAAACACUCGGCACAGUGCUGGUGCUGUGCGGCUGGAAAUUAUACUUCAACAUGUACCACCCGAUGCAUACGGCCGCGAAACGUAAGAAUUUCAUCGGAUUCGAUGACGAGGAUGACGGUGGCGAUAGUGAGGGCGGUGAAUCGAGCUCGGACGAUUCGGAUUCUGAGAAGGCCACGCAUGAAGAGGUUGGUGAGAGCGUUGUUGUUAUUUCGUGGCUGGCGGAUGGCUGGGGCAUGCAUGAUUUUGAGGUGCCUGACCUAGGAACUUUUACCCUGAAGCCUGCCGUGCUAGUUGGGAAGUUACCCUGCUAG